ACUAGAUGGUAGAACAUUUUGAACGUUUGCCGUUUAAGUUUUAAUAAUAUCCUAAUAACAUUUCACUGUUCAAUAAUUGUAAUGUUUAGUAAUAAAUAUUGAGUUAAUCGUGAUUUAAAAAAUGUUUUCUUCUUGUAUUGCCCGGCUGUUAAAAGAUCCUUCGACUUUGAAUCGAGUGUGUUCUCAGUGUAUGCGAUACAAUUUGCCUGUGUUAAGUAGUCAAGCACCCACGUUUGUCGUCCCUCGAAAAAACUUUGGCGAUUCUAAGAAAACAGAUGAAGUAUCGACGGAAAUCUCAGAAGCUCAAGAAAAACGUUUAUCGAACGAAGCGGUAACAGGUUCCUUUAAACUAGACACGUUUUCUAGUUUAAAUACAUCAGAUGUAUCUGAGACUAAUUUCUACACUUUUCGAACUCAUACGUGUGGCGAAUUAAGGAUAGAAGAUGUCGGCAAAACGGUGGUUUUAUGCGGUUGGUAUGAAUUCUCACGGUUCAGUCGCUUCAUCACUCUAAGAGACGGCUAUGGUUCGACACAAAUUAUUAUACCUAAAAACGAUCCUCAAACAAAUAAUGUGAACCUGAAAAAUAUUCCAUUUGAGUCGAUUUUAUUGUGUCACGGGAUAGUACAUGCCAGGCCAAACGACCAAAUUAACGACAGUUUAGAAACUGGAUUGAUCGAGGUAGUCGUCAACAAAUUGGAAGUGCUCAAUUUGGUUAAAACAAGUAUACCGUUUCAAAUUAGAAAUUUUAACAAGGCAAACGAGUCUAUAAGACUAAAACACCGUUAUGUUGAUUUGCGGUUUCCAGAAAUGCAGCGAAACUUGCGUUUAAGAUCAAGUGUACUUAUGAAAAUGCGCGAGUUCCUAAUCAACAGCCGAAACUUUGUCGAAGUGGAAACUCCAACGUUGUUCAAAAAAACUCCCGGCGGUGCACAAGAGUUUAUUGUGCCCACUCACGAUAAAGGAAAAUGUUAUUCCCUGGUCCAGAGUCCCCAACAGUUGAAACAAAUGCUAAUGGUUGGAUCCAUUGACAGAUAUUUUCAAAUAGCCAAAUGUUAUCGAGACGAAGCCACCAGACCUGACAGACAACCCGAAUUCACUCAACUCGAUAUCGAAAUGUCAUUUACCGAUCAAAACGGUGUCUUGCGACUUGUUGAAGAACUGUUAUCGUUUAUAUGGCCUAAAGAAUUGGGCGAAAUUAAAACGCCUUUCCCUCGUAUGUCGUACGAUGAAGCAAUGAAAAAUUAUGGCAGCGACAAGCCGGAUAUGAGAAACCAAGCAGCGGAGUCAAGUGACACUCCACAAGAAACCGAUAACGCCAAUCGAUGGCGAUUUAUUUGGAUAGUUGAUUUUCCACUUUUUGAACAAGAUUCUGAAACAGGAUCUAUUCAGUCUGUCCACCAUCCAUUCACGCAACCUCAGGAGCAAAUAACCGAUGAUAACUUGUUAAAAGUUAAAGGCUAUCAUUAUGAUUUGGUGUUGAACGGAUGUGAGGUGGGAGGAGGUUCUAUUCGUAUACACGAUGCCGAUUUACAAACCAGAGUGAUAGAAUCGAUCCUUAAAAUACCUAUACACAAUAUGUCACAUUUGAUCGAAGCGUUGAAGUCUGGGUGCCCACCGCACGGCGGAAUAGCUUUAGGUAUUGACAGAUUAAUGUCGAUUUUGUGUAGUACAAAUAGCAUUCGUGACGUUAUUGCCUUUCCGAAAACAUUUGAAGGCAAAGACCUUCUGACGGGGGCCCCUUCGGAGAUAUCCGCAGAAGAUAUAGAAAGAUAUUUAAAAUUUUAACUUAGGCAACUUUUGUAUAUAAGAACAUAAUUUUAGUUGUUUUUCAUUUGUAGUUAUAGUACCUAUGUUUUAUAAAGCUAGUCCCGCCUUACAUUAUUAUUGGCGUAAUGUGAGGAAAUCGAAUUAAAUAAAUUGUUUUGUCUCUUUUACAACAAA